AUGCCUGGCUGCUGUAAGACAACUUCUACUUGGGCCCAAAACCUCAAAGUUGGACCAGAAUAUCGCCAGUAUACAGUCCAGCUGGUUCGUGACAUUGGUUGUAUUUGUGAAGAGUACCGUAUCUACGUGAACGGCCAUGAAAUGGAUCACCAUAAGUUGACGUACAACCCCUGUAGUCCACUUUGUUUUAGCGGCGGCCAAUUUGAGUGGGAGCAAGAUGGACACUCUUUUCUGAUAAUUUACAAUUCCCUGUCUUGGACGAAUUAUUUUGGAGGAUUUCGUCUUUUUAUAGACGGCGUUGACGUGAAUACAGGUCGCGAAUUUUCUUCGUUUUGGCGGCGACGGGGUUGGCAAAUCGUUUUCGCUGGUUUGGUAAUGCUUUUGUUGGGAAUAACUCUUUCCCUUUUAUCACACUAUGUCAUGCCAAGACGACCUGCGAUGAUCUUUGUUUCUGUUGGCUACGCUCUGAUUAUCACAGGUGUUAUUUACAGUUUGCUUGGGCUUAUACCAGUCUUUCGAUAUCGAAAACCUCGUUACGACAGAUCCGCUGCUGUGGAAUACACGGCUAACAUCGUCUGA